GGGCUUAAUCUUGCAAUUGCUAGCUGCUCGACUGGGCUGCGUGACAGGAAUGAAUCUGGCACAAGUUUGUCGACAGGAGUACACCCGACCACCACGUCUUGUUUUAUGGUUAAUGACUGAAGUGGCCAUUAUUGGGAGUGAUAUUCAAGAAGUCAUUGGUUCUGCCAUUGCUAUCAAUCUUCUGUCAGAUAACAAGAUCCCUCUCUGGGCAGGCGUGCUGAUCACAGGUAUUGACACGUUCACAUUUCUGUUCCUUGAAUCUGCUGGUCUGAGAAAACUGGAAGCUUUCUUUGGUGCUCUCAUCACUACUAUGGCUGUUUGCUUCUUGUACAUUUACAUAAAAGUGACUCCAGACCAGCUUCAGAUCCUAGAAGGCCUCUGGUUUCCAUGGUGCCAGGACUGUGAUCGUGCUGCCAUCAAGCAGUUGGUCGGCAUUGUUGGUGCUGUUAUUAUGCCUCACAAUAUAUAUCUUCAUUCUGCUCUGGUUCUGGUGGUCGCGACAGAUGUCGAUCAUGCAGACAAAGGAGCAGUGAGAGAAGCCAAUAUGUACUAUUCUGUUGCUCUCUUCAUCUCUUUCCUGGUCAACCUGUUUGUUGUUGCUGUUUUUGCUGCUGCCUUUACUGAGCCAGAGAAUGCAAGUCUUCGGUAUGCUGGCCAGUGGUUUUCAGACAAAUAUGGCUUAGCCAUGAAGAUUAUGUGGGGACUUGGUCUGCUGGCAGCAGGUCAGAGCUCCACUAUGACAGGCACUUACGCUGGCCAGUUUGUGAUGGAGGGAUUUCUACAUCUUCACUGGGCCAAAUGGAAAAGGGUACUACUUACUCGAAGCAUCUCCAUCAUCCCAACUGUUGUUGUGGCCUCUGUGACCUCGUCCAGAUUGGAAGACAUGACACAGUGGUUAAAUGUUCUGCAAAGUGUGCAGUUGCCCUUUGCUCUUAUUCCCAUCAUGCAUUUUACCAGUAGCCCACGUGUCAUGGGUGAAUUUCAUAAUACGCUGUUUGUACGGAUCAUUGUGGGCAUAGUGGUUUGCCUUGUGAUUGGUAUCAACAUGUAUUUAGUAGCUCUCUAUGUGCCUGACAAUGCCUCAUGGUACAUCUAUGUAUGCAUUGGAUUAGUUUUAGCGGUCUACAUGAGUUUUCUCUUCUUCCUGGCAAUUGGUAUUGAAAGGUUCUUAAAACUAAAGCUCUGGUUGAAAAGAAAAUGUGGAUGCAACACUCGCAGUGUUGAGGAUGAGAUACAUCGCAGAAGUCAAUUACAAUAUCCACGUCUACCAGCAAAUGUCAGUUUACACAAAAUGGACAUGAAUGAUUCAACCAGCUAGCACAGAAAGGGUGCUGUAUUAUUCAUGGCAGGAUGGUCAUUGGUAACAACAGCUGAGGGUGAUGUGUAAUGGCCCUUAGAUAAUGAAGCAUCUGGUUCUCUUUGACAAAACUGUACAGCUCAAAAGAAUUAGAGAUUUUUGUUUCAAAGCACUAAAAGUAAUAUUUGAAAGGGUGGGAUUUCUUUUUAGCUUCCCAGUCUUCUGUAGAUAAUUCAGACCUAUGGCCCAGUUGCUAUGACAGGGAUGGCCAUAAAGCUGAAGAUGAAUGUCCUCUAGCUGCAUUGUUUUCUUCCUGUCUAUGCUGUGUUUGUUAAGCCUCUGUGAUGAAGACUUUAUUAUUUUCAAGUUCAUGUACAUUCAAAUGCAUUUAAGAAACGAAGUAACUUGUUUAUUAAACAGUUGAUGUUGAUAUUUUAAUUUUAACGGAGAAUCUUCAUAUUUCUAGGCCCUAGACUAUGCCAAGAAGCAGAGUUUUGUUUUCCAUCUUCUUCAUGUGCACUGCUGACACUAUGUAACAUAGUUUUAUAUAUAAAAUUAUAGUUUUAUGCAGAUUUUUAUAUGCAUAUUUCUGAGUUUCAUUUUUGGCUAUUUCCAGCUGUGAGAUAUUUUGCUGUGCCGAUCAAAUAUUUUUGGUUUAAAGUCCUGAUGUACUUAAUAAGUUUACCUAGGUGAAAUUAUGGGUUCAUAAAAAUACUUUUUCAAGUAUACUUUACUGUGUCAUUCUGGCAACUCAUGAAAAGCUCACAUCAAUUCUUUCUUAUAAACUAGAACAUUCCUUGGUUAUUUUAUUGCCUCCUUUAUCAUUCAAUGAAAUGCAUUUAAACCUGCCUGAUAUUUGACAUCAUUGUUGACAAUAUUGUGUCAUCAUGGAGAGUUGUGCUGCAUCUGAAUAACACAGCUGUUUUGAUUAUAUAUUAUAUAUGCUUCUCCACACUCUUUUGUUUUAAAUACAGUUACUGCUAAUAGAGUUUUAAAGUUUGGAAAGUUUAUGAUGUUUUUCUUCUGCGGAAAUUUAAAUUCCUGUAAUAUUUUUUCAUUGAAACUUUUUUUGUGCAUUGUGAACUUCUGUUUUGCUUUGUCCUUAUAAAUCAUGCAUCACAAUUUGUUUUUGUUUUCAUUCACAAAAGUAGAAGAAGGUUGCACAUAUUUUUAUAUGAAAAAAAGAUUGAAGUGUAUACAGGGUGUUCCAAAAAUGUAUCCUCUCUUUGAAUAAUUAUAAAUACAUCUUGUAUAAAAAUAUAUUUCAAAAAACAAAAUACAAAAUCUGACAGACUGUACAGACAUUUUACUUUUUUGUCCAACUAAUGUCCGUUCUGGUUCAGGCAUUGUUUAUAAUGUGAAGCUAUGCAGUUGUGAACAUCAAGAAACUCUCUUUGUACUUCAGCUGCACUUUAAAACUUCCAGUAACAUUAUAUGAUGAAUUUACUUUGCUUAAAGCUUAGUUUGGCUGUCAUUAUCAAUUCCAAUGGAUUUAAAUAAAUUUUGGACUAUUGUGAUCAGCUGAAUUGAUUUGAUACCCUUGCAAGAAAGAAAUAGAAAAUUGUCUUCUGUAUCAUUUUCUACAGAAGAUUAAAGUACGUGUUUCAACAAUUUAUAAACCAGACCAGAUCAAUAUACCAAAGAAAAUCAAUCUUAAACUCAUAAAAGAUGUUGGCAAUUUGACUUUGUGUCGAAAAUGUAUUGGCAGAUUUUUCCCUGCUUCCCCACCUAUGAAUUGCAAAUUCAUUUUGAUUUUUCAAAGAAGCAUUCUGUAGAUACCCUACACAUAGCAGAUCAUGAUUGUAACAGUGGUGUGAUAGAAACAUGUUCAGCCUUGAUUACAAGAUUUUUUUAUUAUCAUUAUUUGUAAGGGGUCAUGAGCUUGGCCAUUGGGCUGGGAUAUGAUGCUGUUUAAGUGUACUUGAUAUAUAAAUAUAUAAUUGGUAUGUUUGUAAUAAUAGAAAAUAGUGCUCUUUGCAUAAUCUGCAUAUUUAUUAUAGAUGGCAGACUUAAUGACAUUAAUUGACAUUUAUGGUCCUUCGUUUGUUUCAUAGAUUGUGUUCUGUUAUAUUAUGUCCUGGUCCCUCAUUGCAUCUUUCAGCUUCAGCUAGCGGAUUAUAACAUCAUCAGAAGCACAACUUAAAAUAUGUGCCAAAUUUCGGCAGUGUGGUGAGAGGUUAUUUUUUGCCUUAGUGACUCAUAUUCAUGUGACAGUUAUUCCUCAAAAAAGUACUCUAUUUACUCUAUACAUUGUUUUAGAGAGUUGUGAUCAAUAUCUGCCUGUUACAGUCUUGCCAGUGCGAAGGACUUUGCUACCUUUUUCAAUUAAUACUCGGACCUUGAAAUCGUUUUAUUAUCUUCAUCAGUGCGCAUGCGGUACUAAUGAUCAAUAUUUCCAGCCACUAAUUAUACUGUGACUGUUUCUGGUAAUGUUAUCGAUCUCGUCAUGAUCCAUCACUCAUUGUCUUCAUUACCGUUCAUCAGAAGUUAAUUGUUGUCAAACCAUAAUUAUCUUUUAUCAUUCAUGAUCCAUCGAUCAAUAGUCAUCGGUAUCGUUCUUCUUAUGCACACGUCGUGUUAACGUAUACUCUAUAUAGUUUCUGAUCGGAUAUUAAUUGUGACGACAAGCUUCGUUCAUAAUAGAUAUAGGCAAGUAGCAAUACUAUGAUACAUGUAGUAAUUUUUCCUUUUGCAAACAUGUUUGCCUGUUUUUAAUUAUUUUUGCCAAUUAAUAAAAAUGUUGCGACGAGGUAAA